UGCUAGGGGUGGCAACAAUGUCAUAGUAUUUUGGCCCAGACAGCAUCAGAUAGAUGGCCUACACAUACAGAGGGGCUCUUGUGAAUGCAAGGAAAAUUAUGAAACCCAGAGAGACAAAAGAUAAAUAAUUGUAUAUUUUUUUCUUGGUCAUUUUGGGGGGAGGCCGGCUUCCCUUGGCAACCAUGAAUGCAUGCCACUGUCAAUAAUGCCACGUUCAAAACAACUCGGAAUUCUGAAUUGGGAAAUCUCUGACUUCAGUGCGUUCUCUGGAGAAAAAAAUCGCGUUCCGACUAAAAAAAUAUUUGAAAGUCCAUCAAACUCGGAAUCCCAAGUCGGAAACUCGGGCAUCUUUCUAUAGCCCCCGACUUUCCGACCUGAAAAUCACCGACGUCAUGGUUUGACCUCGUUUUUUCCGAGUUGUCUUGAAAGCACCAUUAAAGUAGGCGGUGCAAGUAGUAGAAGGUUCUGGAAGUUCAUCGCCAGGACGGGGGUGUUAUAAGUUAAACAAGGUCCUUUCUCUCAACGGCCGUCUAUUGUAACAGACUGUAAUCAACAACAAUGGUGAAGGAAACCGGCUUUUAUGAUAUGUUGGGUGUUAAGCCCAAUGCCACACCAGAUGAGCUGAAAAAGGCUUAUCGUAAGCUGGCCUUGAAAUACCACCCUGACAAGAACCCUACGGAGGGGGAGAAAUUUAAGCAGAUAUCUCAGGCAUAUGAGGUGCUGUCAGACUCCCAGAAGAGAGAGGUGUACGACCGGGGAGGGGAGAAGGCAAUAAAAGGAGGGGGUGGCGGAGGUUUUGGAUCCCCCAUGGACAUCUUUGACAUGUUCUUUGGAGGAGGUGGCCGACUGCACCGGGAGAGAAGAGGAAAGAAUGUGGUUCAUCAGCUCACAGUCUCUUUGGAAGACCUCUUCAAUGGCGCCACGAGGAAACUUGCUGUCCAGAAGAAUGUUAUUUGCGAGCGAUGUGAAGGUCGCGGGGGAAGGAAGGGUGCGGUGGAGAUGUGCAUGUCCUGUCACGGCACGGGCAUGCAGGUGCGCCUCCACCAGCUGGGGCCGGGCAUGGUGCAGCAGGUGUCCACCGUGUGCGGGGGUUGCCAGGGCCAGGGCCAGCGCAUCAGCCACAAGGACCGCUGCAAGGCCUGCAGUGGACGGAAGAUUCUGCGGCAGAAAAAGAUCCUGGAGGUCCACAUUGGCAAAGGUAUGAAGGAUGGGCAGAAGCUAGUUUUCCACGGGGAGGGAGAUCAGGAGCCAGGACUAGAGCCUGGUGACAUCAUCAUUGUCCUGGAUCAGAGAGUCCAUCCCGUCUUCACCAGGCAAGGGGACAAUCUGAUCAUGACUAUGGAGCUGCAGCUGGUGGAGGCCCUGUGUGGUUUCCAGAAGCCUUGUCAAACUCUGGACAACCGAAGCCUCCUCAUCACCUGCCACCCAGGGGAAUUGAUCAAACCUGGUGACAAGAAGUGUGUCAUGAAUGAGGGGAUGCCCAUGCACCGCCGGCCGUUUGAAAAGGGACGCCUCAUUAUCCUCUUUUCGGUGGUAUUCCCCGAGGCCAACUUCCUCCCCAAGCACAAGCUGAAGGAGCUAGAGCACUACCUUCCUGCCAAGAGGGAAGCGGAGCAGCCUGAGAGCAUGGACGACGACCUCUACAUAUACACCGACCUGGAGGACUGCGACCCGGCCAGAGUAAGACGCAGCCAAUACCAUUACAUGGAAGAGGAUGACAACCCGUCUGCUGGCGGGGUCCAGUGCCAGACCUCAUAAGACCCCAUCACAUCACUCCAACCUCAAACCAGCCCCCUCUGGAAACGUGCACAAACCGCAUCUUACAUUUUAUUCUCUUAACAUACAAUGCUCACUGUGGUGCCGAAGCGGUCCUUUGGGCUGGAUACCCGGAUCUACGUUCCAAGGUGACUUGGCUGUCUUUUAGUUGGAUCGUGUGCCUGAGUGGAGGAAAUGGAUUUCUGGUUAAGUUCCUUAGAUGACCAGAAAUGAAGAUUCUGAGAUUUUGGAAGCGCUAUGGAUGCUGUCACUGACAUUUUUUUUAAAAAUAUAUAUAUAUAUAUAAGUUUGAUUUUUAUGGUGUUUUGAUUUGUAAAUUAGCAGGUUUUGAGCACCCUCUGUCUGCUUUGAUGUCACGGUUAGUACCGUUUGGGAUUUUGUGGUGUCCAAAAUUCACGAGAGAAGAUAGUUGGAAGCUACAAUUCAUGUUGCCAAAUUGAAUCCUCACAGCGAAGAACCAUAGGCCUAUUUCCAUUUUAGAAUAAAUGUUUUUGUAUACCACAUCAGCAUAGUUUAGAAGAUACUUGCCAAUUAUUACAUCAAUGUUUUUGUUUAAUUAAUUUUUAAUGAUAUAAUGAUAUGUUAUCUACAUUUCAUAAUGCAUAUUGACCUUUUUGUGGUUCUUCAUCUGUAGGAUUCAAUUGAAUCCUAGCUGCUGUAAUAUGGUAUACUUCGUUAUGUUCAACUGAUGAUGAAAAAAGUUAUUUACCCCAUUUUUACUAUCAAGAGUUGUCUGUUUAAUUCCUCCAUUCUUCAUGGGAAUUAGUCAAACUAAAUAAACUUUCCAUAGACCUCUCAAGAGGUUCUGCUACUGGUAUCUGUGCUGUGACUGUCAUAAUUGUUUUGGGAUUAAAAUAAACUUUUUGGCUAGUCUUCUACUGCCAAGUUGACAUGA